GAUGGUGGCGGCCUCGUCAGCCUAGCAGCAGGAAGAGGAUGUUUGCUUCCAGUGAAAGAAUAAUAUCACCUGAUUACAAGUCUUCAUAACAGAGUAAACCGCCCUAUAGUGUUUCUGCUGAGCUUGCUGGGAUUUUGACAGCUCUUUCCCUCGCCCGGAGCCGGCUUCUGUGAGUCUGAAGCUGGGCGGAUAAGAUGUCCCUGUUCCAGUCGGCACUGGAUUUUCUAGCCGGGCCCGGCUCGUCCGGAGCCGCCAGCCGGGACCAGAAUGACUUCGUCGGACAAGUCGUUGAGCUCGGUGACAUGAAACUGAGGAUUAAGAGGGUGAUCGCGGAAGGUGGAUUUGCCUUUGUGUAUGAAGCCCAGGACAUGAGCAGUGGUAAAGAUUAUGCCCUGAAGAGGCUGCUGUCCAAUGAGGAGGAGAAGAACAAGGAAAUCAUACAGGAAGUCUGCUUCAUGAAAAAGCUGUCAGGUCAUCCCAACAUGGUCCAGUUCUGCUCUGCUGCCUCCAUCAGCAAGGAGGAGUCAGACACCGGACAGGCCGAGUUCCUUAUCCUAACUGAGCUGUGUAAAGGUCAGCUGGUGGACUUUAUAAAGCGGGUCGAGCAGAGAGCUCCCCUGUCAUGUGACACUGUACUGAAAAUCCUCUACCAGACGUGCCGCGCCGUGCAGCACAUGCACAAACAGAAACCUCCAAUCAUACACAGAGACCUCAAGAUUGAGAACCUCUUGAUUAGUAACCAGGGCACCAUCAAGCUUUGUGACUUUGGCAGCGCCACCACAGUGUCACAUUACCCUGACUACAGCUGGUCGGCACAGAAGAGGUCCAUGGUGGAGGAUGAGAUCACAAGGAACACAACUCCAGCAUACCGAACGCCAGAGAUGAUUGAUCUCUACUCCAACUUCCCCAUCAAUGAGAAACAGGACAUCUGGGCCCUUGGAUGCAUCCUCUACCUGCUGUGUUUUAAGCAGCACCCAUUUGAGGAGGGGGCCAAGCUACAAAUCGUCAAUGGGAAAUACUCCAUCCCUCAGAACGAUGUCAAGUACACUGUGUAUCACGACCUCAUACGAUCCAUGUUGAAGGUGAACCCAGAGGAGCGUCUGUCUAUUACAGAGUUGGUCAACCAGCUCCAGGAGAUAGCAGCAGCACGCAACGUCAACCCCAAGUCUCCCAUUACAGAGCUGCUGGAGCAGAAUGGAGGUUUUGGCAACAAUGGAGCCCAGCCGCCGAUGCAGGUCCAUAAUGUCCACAACAAUGCAGGCAUGUACGAUCCUGAUCAGUCGGGCAGUGGCCUCCUGGACAUCUUAAGGGGAGGAACAGAGCGCUUCCUCACCAACAUAAAGGACACUUCCUCUAAGGUGAUCCAGUCAGUAGCCAGCUAUGCCAAAGGAGACCUGGAUAUUUCGUACAUCACCUCUAGAAUAGCAGUCAUGUCCUUCCCAGCGGAGGGGGUGGAGUCAGCGAUAAAGAACAACAUUGAGGACGUGCGUCUGUUCCUGGAUUCCCGUCAUGCUGGCCACUAUGCUGUCUACAACCUCUCCAAACGAUCAUACAGGCCUUCUCGAUUCCACAACAGGGUUUCAGAGUGUAACUGGCAGGUGCGCCGUGCUCCCAACCUCCGCAGUCUCUACAGUGUGUGUAAGAACAUGCAUCUGUGGCUCAAACAAGACCAAAGGAACAUCUGUAUAGUGCACUGUCUGGAUGGCAGGGCGGCAUCAGCAGUGGCCGUUUGCUCCUUCCUGUGUUUCUGUCGCCUUUUCACCACAGCGGAGGCUGCUGUCUACAUGUUCUCAAUGAAACGCUGCCCACCUGGCAUAGCGCCCUCACACAAGAGGUAUAUUGAGUACAUGUGUGACAUGAUGGCAGAGGAGCCCAUCAUCCCCCACAGCAAGCCCAUAACAAUUCGCUCCAUCGUCAUGACACCCGUGCCGCUGUUCAACAAGCAGCGUAACGGGUGCAGGCCGUUCUGUGAGGUGUAUGUUGGAGAUGAGAGGGUCCUCACCACAUCGCAGGAGUACGACAAGAUGAAGGAUUUUAAGAUGGAGGAUGGGAGAGCAGAGAUUCCCCUCAAUGUGACAGUCCAGGGAGAUGUACUGGUGGUGAUCUAUCAUGCAAGAUCUACACUGGGAGGACGCCUACAGGCCAAGAUGGCGUCCAUGAAAAUGUUUCAGAUCCAGUUCCACACAGGUUUUGUGCCCAGAAAUGCGACCACUGUCAAGUUCGCCAAGUAUGACUUGGAUGCCUGUGACAUCCAGGAGAAGUACCCAGACUUGUUCCAGGUCAACUUGGACAUUGAGGUGGAACCCAGGGACAGACCCAGCACUAAGACUCCUCCAUGGGACGGCUUCCAAACCAAGGGCCUCAACCCCAAAAUCCUUUUCUCCUCUCGUGAUGAACAGCAGGAGAUCCUCAGCAAAUUUGGUAAGCCAGAGCUGCCUCGUCAGCCAGGGUCCUCUGCAUUUUACGACUCAGAGACGCCCCAGCCAGUUCAGACCCCCGAGGGCCCCAAUGCAACAGAAUCAGAAUCUCCUGUGAGCACCGAUACCAACGCCAACAACUUCUUCCAGACACUGGACUGGGAAGAUGUGAGUGGCCCUCACGAUGCCUCAGACAGUCAAGGAGGGGGAUCCGUGAAUGACCACGAGGACUUGAGUGAUCAAUCAGAAGGAGAAUCCUACUCUUAUUCUGCCCCCAGUGGGGAGCCGCUGUCACGUGACCCCAGUGAACCGCUGUUUGAUGCUGACUUCGAGACCUCCCCUCCUACAGCCCAGGAAUCUCCUGUUGGUGACACAGCUGAUCUCUUGGGGUUGAACUCUGACCCCGGAGCUCCUUCCAUGUCCUCCAACUCCUCCUCUGCUCCUCAUCAAGGAGUCCAGGGAGGAAUGAAAGCCGCAUCCAGCAACAGCGACCUCCUCAACGACCUGUUUGCACCCCCUGCUGGCCAGACAGGAGCAGUGCAGGAAGACUUGUUCUUCAGUGGGCCAACCAGUGGGGCCACACCAGACCCAAAACCCAUGGACGACCUGUUUGAUCCGUUUGGGAUGGGGGCUGGCUCCGGUGUUGGCUCCAGUGUGGGUUCCUCACGGCAGGCCUCGGGACCAGACCUGUUUGGAGACUUGUUGGGUUCUGAUAGUUCAGCCACCAGCGGGUUCAGUUCAGGUCACAGUAACCCCACUCCUGCUUCCAACACCAGCCUCUUCAACCUCAAUAAGCUAGUAAAUGAUGCCCCUAAGAUGACAUCAUCAGCCAGCCAACCGGACCUGCUGGGUGGGUGGGACAGCUGGGCAGCUGGCACCACCACUGGCAUGAGCGCUACCACCAGCAAACCCAACUAUACCAACACAGGUUCUGGUGUGUCGUCCAUGUCAAAGGCCAAGUCUCAGACCUUUGAUCCUUUUGCCGACCUAGGAAACUUGGGUUCCACUUUACCAGGUUCCUCCAGCAGUAAUUUUUCUGGGCCUUCGUUUAGCACAAAGGCUCCUUCCUCCUCCGCUUCUUCCUCCGCUUCCUCCUCUGCUAAGCCUCAAGCCCAGCCCUGGCAGUCUGGAAGACCCACCUCAGCCCAGGGCAAACCUUGGAUGCCGGGAUCAGGAUCAGGAUCUGGAUCCGGAUCUGGAUCCGGAUCCGCACCCAAAGCAUCCUCAGCGUCUCAGCCUGCAGGCUCACAGCCCUCCAAACCAAACUACAACCUCAACUUCUCCAGUGUCAUCGGUGGGAGGGAGGAGAGAGGAGUGCGUGGGCCUGGAUUUGGCCCCAAGCCGAAGGUGAAGGAGGAUGAUUUUGAGGACCUGCUGUCGACUCAGGGUUUUGGCUCCAGGCCUGAUAGGAGGGGCCCAAGGACCAUCGCUGAAAUGAGAAGACAGGAGAUCACCAAAGACAUGGAUCCACUUAAGUUGCAGAUCUUGGACUGGAUUGAAGGGAAGGAGCGAAACAUCCGAGCGCUGCUGUCAACCCUGCACACGGUGCUGUGGGAGGGUGAAACCCGCUGGAAGCCCGUGGGCAUGGCUGACCUGGUCACACCCGACCAGGUGAAGAAGUACUACAGAAAGGCUGUGCUGGUUGUCCAUCCAGAUAAGGCAACAGGCAAGCCUUAUGAACAUUACGCUAAAAUGAUCUUCAUGGAACUGAACGACGCCUGGUCAGAGUUCGAGAACCAGGGAUCCAAAGCACUCUUCUAAAACCCUGGUCUGGAUCCCAGCUAGACCAGACCAGACCCGACUGGACUGGAUUUGGCCUAAGCAAACAAGGGGUUAGACUGGGCCAGAUUAGACAGGACUGAGCCCACAUUGGGCCUUAGGGGGCAAAGAGCCUCUGAGAGGUGUCCUCUCUACCAUUCCCUUCACUCCCUUCUCCUUCUUCUCUUUACGUUUUUCUGUUUCUACAGUCAAGGGAAAAAGACAGUUUGCCUCAUGCCUGACUGUAUUAAAAACCUCCUCACUGGUUCAUGAGCCGCCAGUUAAAUGUCGUGAUCGUUCACUGCCUACCUGUACGACUGCCUGAUCGGUGCUGCAAAAGAGGGAGGAAUGGGUGACAAUCACAGGAAGAAGACAAAGAGGGAAAGACAUCGGUUAAUACAAGGACUUUUGAAAUUACCAAAACGAUUAUCAUGGCGGAGGUAUUCAGAUAAAAAAAGAUUUCAUGAUCCUACACUAAUAAAAUGCUGUGGCUGGUAAGUUUGUCAUUUGUGGCUGGCACGUUUAAAACAACCAGUCAUUUAGCUGACAGGUUAAAAAAAAAAAAAAAAGAAAAAAAGGAAAAUGGCUGUCAGACUACAUGGAAAUUUACAAAACUUAAUUUAAAACUUUUAAGCUCAGCUGCCUCAAAAAAAGAGAAUAACCAACACUGCUAAUGAAUAUCGGAACAUAGCAGCCACAGCAACCAAUGGACAAGAAAACCCCUUAGUUCCUAAUGCAGAAGCAGGAUUUUGAAACAAGAUCUGUUGAUGAUGCCCAACGAUACAUUGAAAUGCUACUGCUGCACCUUUUGGGGUCAACAAUGAGUUGGGUUUGUUUCUUGAGCCUUUUUCUUCUCCAGAAGGACGAGACUAUUGCCUGCUGAACACUACUAGUGCUGCUUCUACCAUUGCAGUUAUUGCUACACACACACACACACACACACACACACACACACACACACACACACACACACUCACUCCUCAGAUUGACAUUCAAACCCACAUCUUAAACUUCUAACUUCUGACUAAGGAGCUGAACUCGUUUCGGAGCCCCAUAUAAACCAGAGCGGGCCGGCUGUUUGUUGUUUUUGAAGUGCUCUUUGAAAUCCACCCACUCGGGCUGCACUGUGUAGCUGACUGACUGCAUGCUCUCCCACACUGAAUCUCCCAACAUCAGGAGGUGGGGUGUGUUUGAUUUCAAUCCAGCGUAGCCCAAAGGGGCGGCGGCUCUUUUAUCGAAGUGCUCUUUUUCUUGUAGCAGAAACAUAGAAGAGUCUACACCGGCCUGAUUUCUUUUUUUUUUUUGCUGAGUGGCAGCGCUCAUACUGCUCAUUGCUCCAUCAUCACUGUCAUCAUUAACCCCUCUCUCUCUUUGCCUCUGUAAGCCCCACCCACCUCCAGCACCUACUUCAAUGGACAUUUGUUAUUCGUCAGUGCAUAGGAGGAGAUGAAAAAGUGAAGGAAAGAAAAGAGAAGAUGGUGAUUUAAUCUGUUUCCUCUUGGUUUUACUCUUGCUUGUAUGUUUUUGGGUUCGUUCUGUGUUUGUAUCGAGCUUUUCGUCAGUUAAUCAUCACUUCAUUGUAAAUAUAAAUAUUAUCAUCCAUCAAGUGGCUUUGUUAAGAUUACAGCCUGGGCAACUGAUUGGUUAUUGAGCUUCACGCUGGACCGUGUGAAUGGUUGUGUGAUUGUGUGAGUGAGCGAGUGUGUGUGUGUGUUUCUUUCUGGGGGAAGACAAUGAAACCUUGUCAUCAUGCUUUCUUGUCUGUAAUCACAAGCUUUUCUGUUUUAGUUUUUUUUUUUUCAGGCCACACUUUUCUUUUUGUGGAAGUUUGUCUUUUCCAAAAUCUUUCCAACUUUUGCCCUUUUGAUCUUUUUUUUUUUUUAUUAUUAUUAUUAUUUCACAUUUUACCUCAUGGACCAAUCAAAUCUCCUGUUUUCAUAUUUAUUAUUAUGUUUUGUGUUAGGAGGGUUGGGGGUUAUAAUGACAUGUAUUCAUGCAUAUUAAUGGCACAAGUAAAAAAGAAGAAGAAAAAUCAGAUAAUAUAUAAGUGGAAUGUGCUGAGUGCAAGUGGGACAGUUGUUGGUUGAUCACAGUGAGACUCUUUGUUGCUGUUUUCAUUCCAAAGCAUCUAUUAUUAAUACGAAUGUGCUUUUACAAAUAUAUAUAUCCUCUCUGUUGUUAUGCGGUAUGUGUUUAUCAUUUGUCUGUCCUGUCUGUCUUUUUCUGUUUUUUACUUUUCACUUCCUUUUUUUUUUCUCUCUUAUGGCAGAACUGAAGUUGUUGCUUCUGUUUUGCAUUUUGACAUUUUGUUAAAAUUCCAACACGAGGGGCCAGUAAACAUAAGUAAGAAAAAAAAAUAAAGAAACUGAUGCUUGACAUUCAGUUGAAACUCCUGGUGACAGUGUGAUCAUAGUAUUAAGAGGGAGGAUUGCAAAACCACAUAUUGGCAGUGUUUACUGAACCAAAUUACAUCAUACUAAUAUGAAUGUAGAUUUCAAUGCAAAAACAAAUGAUUAAAAAUCUUUUGAUCUGAGGCAGA